AUUCACCCAAGCUCGUGCUAGAUUACUCUAAAAUCGUCAAAAUAUCCAUAUAUUAGGGAUCUACCAUGAAGAAGUUCAAACGCAGUGCACAAUCGCAACCAAAGCAUGGCAAACCGGCGUCUAGCGGUGCAUCCAAGGCACCAGUUGCACCACCAGUACGCCGCCCAGGUUGGACUGGCCCCAGCUAUUUACACAAACCCGCCAAAAAGACGCCUACACCAGUAAAGGAAACUAGCUCGAUACAACAGAUUCAGAGCCUAUCUGUUAAGCAUCAACAGCUCAUUCUUGACACAAUCAGAACUUCAUUCCCUGCUGUGGACGAGUUCGACACCUUGAAGCCAGUAUUGCGCGAGAUCAGAGAAGCGCUUGAGCAAAAGGACUACAGCAAAGCGUUCGGGAGCCAAGAGUUCUUGGAGGCUUAUACGAUUCGAUGGAGCCCGAGUAGAGCUUUGACAGUUGGGAGUGUGUUGGCGUGGAUGUGCAGUGAGAUGAACGAGGCUGCAUGGGUUCAACAGUUUCUUCACAAUGAAAAGCCUUCCAAGAUUGUGUGCUUUGGACGAGGAGGAUCUGACUUGUUAGCGUGCGUUGCAUUGCUGAAGCACUCUCAUGAGAGCAAACUAGAUGAACUUCCCCGGCUAGAGUCAUCUGAUCAUAACGACAGUGCCAUGGUUGACCUCAACCUCAUUGAUAGACACGAUUGGUCAGACAUUGUCGCAAAACUACAACAUACUCUUACGAAUCCUCCUCCUCUUUCCAAAUACGCGACGGAAAAGGCACGCGCUUCAAAUAUCUCCGCUAUCCCAUCUCAAGUCAUAAAUCUAGCAGUCAACAACCUCGACAUCCUCGAAAGCGACAGCACAACUCUGUGUACGAUGAUUGGGCCCAACCCGGCACUCAUCACUCUCUUCUUCACGCUCCACGAAUUCUAUUCAAUCUCAAUAUCCAAAACCACAGCUUUCUUGUUGAGAUUGACUGAGACAGCGCCCAAAGGAAGCCUCUUACUUGUAGUGGAUAGCCCCGGAGCUGACGUUGUGCUGCCUGGUAGUAGUGACAAAGGGGAGGAAAAGAGAUACCCGCUUGAGUGGCUACUUUACCAGGCGCUAUUACCGCCCAAGAGCGCAAGUUCGGAGGCGCAGGGAGAACCAGUAUGGAGGAAACUUAUUGAUAGUGGUUAUGAAAAGGAGUACAAGUUACCUACAGGACUGAGAUAUCCAGGAAGUUUGGAGAAUACCAGAUUCCAGGUGCACCUAUUAGAGCGUUUAUAGGAGGAUGCUUAUAAUACCAGGUUUUGAUGCAACA